CCUGCUUCAAGAUGGCGGCGGCGAGGAGGAGUCUUGUGCAGAGUGAGCAGUUAUCAAGUUGGACAGAUGACUUGCCUCUCUGCCAGCUCUCAGGUGUGGGUUCAUCCCCUAACCGUUCAUAUACUGCAGAUGGAAAAGGAACAGAAAUCCACCCCUUGGAGGAUAAUUGGCUGAAGUUUAGGAGUGAGAACAACUGCUACCUCUAUGGAGUCUUCAAUGGUUAUGAUGGUAACCGGAUCACCAAUUUUGUGGGAGAGAGGCUCUCUGCAGAGCUCCUACUGGGCCAGCUGAAUGCAGAUCAUGAUGAUGCUGAUGUACGCAAAGUCCUGCUACAGGCUUUUGAUGUGGUAGAGAGGAGUUUCCUGGAGUCUAUUGAUGAUGCCUUGGCAGAGAAGGCCAGCCUUCAGUCCCAGCUACCAGAGGGAGUCCCUCAUCACCAGCUGCCAUCUCAGUACCAGAAAAUCAUGGAGCGGUUGAAGGCUGUAGAAAAGGAAAUCUCUGGAGGAGCUACAGCUAUUGUGGCAGUCAUUCUUAACAACAAACUUUACAUCGCCAAUGUAGGAACAAACCGUGCACUCUUGUGCAAAUCUACAGUAGAUGGCUUGCAAGUGACACAACUCAACAUGGACCACACCACAGAGAAUGAGGAUGAGCUAUUCCGCUUUUCCCAGCUGGGUUUGGAUGCAGCAAAGAUAAAGCAAGUAGGAACCAUAUGUGGACAGGAGAGCACUCGCCGCAUUGGGGAUUAUAAGGUCAAAUAUGGCUACAGUGACAUUGAACUUCUCAGUGUUGCAAAAUCCAAACCAAUCAUAGCAGAGCCUGAAAUUCAUGGAGGGCACCCUCUAGAUGGAGUCACAGGUUUUCUUGUUCUGAUGUCAGAAGGGCUCUACAAAGCUCUGGAAGCAGCUCAUGGGCCUGGGCAAGCUAAUCAGGAAAUUGCAGCCAUGAUUGCCACUGAAUUUGCCAAGCAAACAUCACUAGAUUCUGUAGCACAGGCUGUUGUGGAUCGAGUGAAGCGCAUUCACUGUGAUACAUAUGCCAGUGGUGGUGAACGGUCGAAGUUCUGCUCUCGGCAUGAAGACAUGACUCUGCUAGUGAGGAAUUUUGCAUAUCCACUGGGUGAGAUGAGCCAGCCCACACUGACCCCAACACAAGGAGGCCGUGUAUACCCAGUGUCAGUGCCAUACUCCAACACCCAGAGCACUAGCAAGACCAGUGUGACGCUGUCCCUUGUCAUGCCUUCUCAAGGUCAGAUGGUCAACGGUGCCCACAGUAGUUCCACAUUGGAUGAAGCCACACCCACUCUUACAAAUCAGAGCCCAACAGUCACCCUCCAGUCUACCAAUACCCAUACCCAGAGUAGCAGCUCCAGCUCGGAUGGGGGCCUCUUCCGUUCCCGUCCCUCUCACUCUCUCCAGCCAGAUGAAGAUGGGCGUGUUGAGCCUUAUGUGGACUUUGCAGAGUUCUACCGCCUCUGGAACAUGGACCACAGUGAAACGGGGGCACUGACUGUGUCAUAAUCCAAGGAGAGAGGCUCCUAUGAAUUUGCUGUAAGGUGGGAAAAUAGAACUUGGUGUGGCAGGGCUAACAUAACCAAUUGAUCACAUUCUGCCUUGAAGCAUGAUCCUUUGGGGACAAGGCUAAUGUUAGGAGAGAUUGCUGAUCAUGGUUUUUCUCAACUUGCCAGGGCACAUGCAUGUACAUCAGCCCCUUUGCAACGUGUCCCUGUCCCUGUGAAAAACUUGUGGGCACUAGACUGGGUUCUGAACCUUUCCUAUAUCUUUAGUAUUACAGUCAGUGGUCAGGACUGUUGUGGAGAAGACAAUGUCUGUAAAGGGAAGUGUGUGCGUAUUGUUGUGGUUCAAGAUUUAGUUCUGGAAAUACUGUUUCAUGAUUCUGAUUUAAUGCCAUGAAAGAUACCUCUAUUUUUCAGAAUAAAUUAUAAUUUAUAGCUUC